AUGAGGCGCUUCUUGCUUCUAUUAUUUGUGCUUCACCUAACUUUGACGAGCCAUGGUCAAGAUUUCUCCACCUUUACUGAGACAAACGAUCCAAGUAACAAUGAUAUAAGGCUGACAAGGAUGGUUUUGGAUUCUAUUAAUGGUCGUUUGUAUGUGGGAUCUGUAAAUAGACUUUAUAAAUUGACCAGUGAUUUGGAGACAGAAGAGAUUGAGGCAACGGGACCAAGAGAUGACAACCCUGAUUGUAUACCUCCAGAUUUUGUGCAGUGUGAUUCUACGCUUGUGUCAACAAAUAAUAUCAAUAAGAUUCUAAUCAUUGAUACAGAUAAUAGCCAAUUGAUAACCUGCGGAAAUGUCUACAGAGGUUCUUGUGAAACGAGAAAUAUGGAUACAUUAAAUUUGAUAGAGUGGUAUGAUAGACAGGUAGCAACAACAUCAACUGAUGGGUCUACGGUAGCAAUAAUUGCCCAUGGUCCAAAUAAUGACAACACUGGACUUGGUCCAAAUGUGUUGUAUGUUGGUAGAAGUGGUGUCCCCCAUGAGGCUAAAUGGAUUCCUCUUUCUAGUCGUCUACUUCCAUCUAAUAACAAUGAGGUUCCAUUUACUAUACUGAAGAAUGAAGGGGGAGAAGCUGGAUUUGUACAAGUAAAGAAAGAUUUCUUUGAAGAUAAUUCUGACUUUAACAUUGAUUAUAUUAGU